ACGCUGGGAAAGGGGGAGGGUUGUUGUGGAGCAUGGUUGGCGUUGAGAGUGUACUUCUUAGUCAGACGGAGGAUUUCCCCACAGUUGGGAGGUAGCAUUGAUUUAUUUCCCCCCCAUCCGCAGUCCCCCGCUCUCCGGAGCGGCGAAUGCGACAAAGGAGGGGCUGAUAUUCAUGUCGGAAUCAGCUGAGUCAAAGCGGCUGGGUUUCUGAUCAGAGGGCGAAGGGCUGUGUUCAUUGCCCCCUUUCGGGAGAGCGGCCAUGGGGGUGAAGCUGAGGGAUUUCGGCAUCGUCUUAGUCGGUGAGGAGCUGGGCGGCUACUCGAGCGGGGACCUGGUGUCGGGCCAGGUGUUGCUGGAGCUCAGUGAGAGCCUGGCGGUGACGGCCCUGCGGCUGGAAGCCAGAGGCUGCGCCCGCGUCAACUGGAUCGACAAGGUGGCGGCUUCGGUCUCGACGGCGGUGCCCACCAGGUACCGGGAGGAGGUGGUUUACCUGCAGCAUCGGCAAACCCUGCGAGAGGCGCCAGGUAAUCAAGGGUGCUUCAUGUUGCAACCGGGAAAGCAUGAAUUCCCAUUUACCUUUCAACUACCACAAGGGCCUUUGGUUACAUCCUUCAAUGGGAAAUACGGCAGUGUUAAAUAUUGGGUGACAGCAAUAUUGGAGCGGCUGUACGUGCCAAACCAAAUUGUGAAAAGAGAAUUCUGUGUGACAAGUCAAAUUGAUGUUAAUGCACCAAAUUUUCUGUCUUCAGUGUCAAAAAGUGAAGAGAAGACAAUUGGUUGUUGGUUUUUUACCUCUGGACCAAUAUCCCUAAGUGCUAAUAUUGAGAGAAGUGGGUUCUGUAAUGGUGAAGCAAUCCCAAUCUACGCAGAGUUUGAGAAUUGUUCCUCACGCCUUAUUAUGCCAAAAGCUGCCAUUUUUCAAACACAGACUUACCUUGUAAAUGAGAAAACCAAGACCUUUCGACAAACGAUUGCAAACGUUCGUGGAAACCAUGUUGCUUCUGGUAGUACAGAGUCAUGGAAUGGGAAAGCUCUUAAAAUUCCACCGGUGACUCCCUCCAUCCUAGACUGCAGUAUCAUCAGAGUGGAAUAUUCUUUAGCUGUCUAUGUACACAUUCCGGGUUCUAAAAAACUAAUGCUUGAGCUUCCUAUAGUAAUCGGCACCAUCCCGUACAGCAGCUUUGCAAGCAGAACAUCGAGUAUGUGCAGCCAGUUCAGUAUGGACAUGAGUUGGCUCCAGCUUGCUCUACCAGAACAGCCUGAAGCUCCACCCAACUAUGUUGAUGUUGUGUCUGAGGAAGACCUUGCCAGGCAAUUGCCAACCCUUCCACAGGCUGAUCAUUUGGAGCAUGAAUUUGGGAGUCCAAUGUUUGCUUACAUUCAGGAGUUCAGAUUUCAGCCGCCACCAAUUUAUUCAGAGGUUGACCCAAACCCUACCUUCACAGAAGAAAUGCAAUGAGAAGUAUCAUUUGAAAUUUGACAGAGGUGUUUUAUCUCAUUUACAUUUGUUCAUCAUGUGGUUGGCUUAAAAUUAAGCAUUAAAGAAGUAUGGAGCAUCUUCAGCAUUGCAAGAGGAUUUGAAAGGAAGCGAACGUUGGCCUGUCGUGGGUUGAUCGAUAGACAGAAUAACGAGAGUUUGGGGAAAAGAAGGAGCUAAAAGUGGCUAAUAUGUGCAAGAUGCGUAAAUAUUAAAUUUGCACUGAAGAUUGGAAAUAAAUACAAAGUUUAGCCAACCUGCACACUACAGAGCAAUAAAAAAGCCCUCCAUUCCUAAAAUGAGUCCCUGACAGAACCUAAACUUCACCUUCAUUAAACAAUAAUUUAUGCUGAACGGAAGGGGGAUAAUCUUCCAGUCACUGGUGCAGUAAUAGCUAUUAAUGUGAGGAGGGUUCACUACCACUAAAUGACCACUAUGUUUGUCAGUUAAAGGGACAGAAAGCAGUUUGGACUAUUGAAGACAGUUAGUUUGUUGAAAAAGCUGAAGAUUAAUGUUUACAUUUGUUUUUCUGUGUCCUCUUAAAACACUUGUACAAUGUUGCCUUUUACAAAGGGUGUUUUCCAGUUCUCAAAAUUACUUUCAAUGUUUUUUUAAUGUCAAGCAAAAGUAAUCACGUAUCUGUAUUUGUAAAGUAACCAAAGAGUACAAUCUUGGACCUUUUUCAGUUUAAAAAUUUGCACUCUUAGAUCUUAAAGGGAAUACUGUGUCUAAUUAUCCAAUUGUUGCCUUUACAAAUGUAGACCAGCUAAUGGAGUUGUAAAUGACAAUUUGAGUGCAAAAGUGUUUAUUUGCCUAAAUUCUUAUCCCAGUAUUGGGAAGUGGGGAGUUGGGAUUGAAUAGUUUAGGGGAUAGAGGAGAUACUCUGGAUGGUUCUGCACGAUCUUAAGCUCUUCAUUACAAAGGACUAUCUGAUGUGUGGCUGCAUUUUUUUUUGCCGUAUGUUUUCUAUAAAGGUGCUUACAGCUUGGUAUUUGAAAGAAUGAUCUUUUUGGCUACAUAAAAAUUACAAGAUGAUGAUGAAAGACUUGAAAGGACUGUAAUUGAAAUAUAGGGCAAAAUGCCAAAUUUACAUAUAAAGUGCCCCCCCCCCCCCCGAGUUAAUAUUUUACAAAAAAAAAGCCAAAAACUGAAACUUUGCUGGGUGGUGCAUUAGCUCACCCUUUUUCUUUGGGUAUGAUCAAAAUUACAGUACUACCCUUGCCAUAUUAGUGGAUGAGAAACAAAAGACUUAUUUUGACUGUUAAAGUUUCAAGUAUGAGAGUUAUUUUACAAUUAAAGCUCUUUGAGGGAAGGCACUUGUGUGAAUGAAGGCUUGCGUUUAAGCAUCUAUGAAAUGCACUAUUGCAUUUCAUAGGAAUGCUUUUAGCAAAAAUUAUUUUACUGCUUACUACUUUAUCUCUGUCUUGUGCUGCUGAUUUUCUGCUCUUAGAACUCCAAUUUGAUUUCUGAUUUGUAAGUUUAAUGGUGCAAUAUUGUGUUUCUCAGGGCUUUGAUGCAAUGCACUGUUGGUUUCCACUUCCAGCGAUUAAACUCUAAGUUUUCAAAUUGGUGCAAAGUCUCAUUCCGGACUUAGUAGUUUUAAAACUUCAUAGGUGAUGGUCAGUCAGACCACUAUCGGGAAGUGAGAGUUCUUCAGUCAGUUGGAAAAAUCAAUAUUUUCAUUGCAUCAGUACAAGUUGUAUCUGGCACCUUGAAUCUGCUUAUCAAAUUAUCUCUUUCAAUAUCUCAACCCUGUUUGAAAAUACUGGAGCCAAUGUUGAACCGGAUGUUCUUGAAGUUAAAAUUUAGAAUUUUUCAAUCUUCAUGUGUAAUUGUGGAAUGAAAUGUCUUAAGCAAAAUGAAAUAAAACUGAGCAAUGCACUUAGGCUUUAGUAAAUUAAAGCUUUGUUUUUCUUUGAACUGAAUUGUAUAGAAUCAAAUUUUGUAAUUUCAUAGCAUUGUUAAUGCCCCUUGUAGCUUGUAUGUCACUAACUGACAGUUUUUUGUCAACUAGAAACUAAUGAGGAAGAUGAGCAAUUUAAGUGGAAUAAAAAGCAUAAGCACAAAUAUUUAAGUAUUACUUGAAUGUGCAAUUAUAACUAUACAAUAAGCUAAAUGUGCAUUAUUCAAUUUAUUUGCCAUUAAAACUGUGACUUUUUUUCAACUUUUUACUUUUUGAUGCAAAGAGCAGUGUAUUUUGUACUAUUUAAUUU